UCCAUCAACAGCAUUCAGUCGCCAUGACGGAGCAGCAGGACGACGGGAUGAGCGACUUGUCCGUCUUGGAGGAUGAAGCCUUCCCUCCUCUUCCUCCCCCUCUGUCCCCUGGAGCGGCUCAGUCGCAGGUCGACCCGUUUGGAGAAGCCGAGGAAGGCGAGGCGUCCAAGCUGGCCGACGUUCCGGCUGCCAAGAGGAGAGGAGUGAAGAGGCCGCAGCCGAAGCUGGACUCCCAGAGGCUCAUUUCAGACAGAGGACUGCCGGCUCUGCGGACCUUGUUCUCUAACGCUCGCUUCAAGGGCAAAGGUCACGAGGCGGAGGACCUGCGGCUGCUCAUGCAGAAGAUGGAGAACUGGGCCCACCGGCUCUUCCCCAAACUGCAGUUUGAAGAUUUCAUCGACAGGGUGGAGAAGCUGGGCAGCAAGAAGGAGGUUCAGACCUGCCUCAAACGGAUCCGACUGGACAUGCCCCUCACUGACCAAGACUUCAUGGNAGUUCCGAGGUAA